AUGGCUCUGGGAGUGUGGACAGUAUUGGACCCGCUGGCCGUCUUUGUAGUGGGUGCCAUCCUGGGGCUUAACAUCCACAGGGCUAGGGUUUCAUGUAGCUUAACAUCCACAGGGCUAGGGUUUUCAUGUAGCUUAACAUCCCCAGGGCUAGGGUUUUCAUGUAGCUUAACAUCCACAGGGUUAGGGUUUUCAUGUAGCUUAACAUCCACAGGGCUAGGGUUUUCAUGUAGCUUAACAUCCCCAGGGCUAGGGUUUUCAUGUAGCUUAACAUCCCCAGGGCUAGGGUUUUCAUGUAGCUUAACAUCCUCUGGGCUAGGGUUUUCAUGUAGCUUAACAUCCACAGGGCUAGGGUUUUCAUGUAGCUUAACAUCCCCAGGGCUAGGGUUUUCAUGUAGCUUAACAUCCACAGGGCUAGUGUUUUCAUGUAGCUUAACAUCCACAGGGUUAGAGUUUUCAUGUAGCUUAACAUCCACAGGGCUAGGGUUUUCAUGUAGCUUAACAUCCACAGGGCUAGUGUUUUCAUGUAGCUUAACAUCCACAGGGUUAGGGUUUUCAUGUAGCUUAACAUCCACAGGGCUAGGGUUUUCAUGUAGCUUAACAUCCACAUGGUUAGGGUUUUCAUUUAGCUUAACAUCCACUGGGCUACGGUUUUCAUGUAGCUUAACAUCCACUGGGCUAGGGUUUUCAUGUAGCUUAACAUCCACUGGGCUAGGGUUUUCAUGUAGCUUAACAUCCACAGGGCUAGGGUUUUCAUGUAGCUUAACAUCCACAGGGCUAGGGUUUUCAUGUAGCUUAACGUCCAGUGGGCUAGGGUUUUCAUGUAGCUUAACAUCCACAGGGCUAGGGUUUUCAUGUAGCUUAACACCCACAGGGCUAGGGUUUUCAUGUAGCUUAACAUCCUCAGGGCUAGGGUUUUCAUGUAGCUUAACAUCCCCAGGGCUAGGGUUUUCAUGUAGCUUAACAUCCACAGGGUUAGGGUUUUCAUGUAGCUUAACAUCCCCAUGGUUAGGGUUUUCAUGUAGCUUAACAUCCACAGGGCUAGGGUUUUCAUGUAGCUUAACAUCCCCAGGGUUAGGGUUUUCAUGUAGCUUAACAUCCACAGGAUUAGGGUUUUCAUGUAGCUUAACAUCCACUGGGCUAGGGUUUUCAUUUAGCUUAACAUCCACAGGGUUAGGGUUUUCAUGUAGCUUAACAUCCAUUGGGCUACGGUUUUCAUGUAGCUUAACAUCCACUGGGCUAGGGUUUUCAUGUAGCUUAACAUCCACUGGGAUAGGUUUUUCAUGUAGCUUAACAUCCCCAGAGCUAGGGUUUUCAUGUAGCUUAACAUCCCCAGGGCUAGGGUUUUCAUGUAGCUUAACAUCCCCAGGGCUAGGGUUUUCAUGUAGCUUAACAUCCACAGGGCUAGGGUUUUCAUGUAGCUUAACAUCCCCAGGGCUAGGGUUUUCAUGUAGCUUAACAUCCCCAGGGCUAGGGUUUUCAUGUAGCUUAACAUACACAGGGCUAGGGUUUUCAUGUAGCUUAUCAUGUUCACAUCCACAGGGCUUUCAUGUAGCUUAACAUCCACAGUACUAGGGUUUUUAUGUAGCUUAACAUUUUAACAUCCACAGGGCUUUCAUGUAGCUUAAUAUCCACAGGGCUAGUGUUUUCAUGUAGCUUAACAUCCACUGGGCUAGGGUUUUCAUGUAGCAUAAAAUCCACAGGGCUAGGGUUUUCAUGUAGCUUAUCAUGUUCACAUCCACAGUACAGGAUUUUUAUGUAGCUUAACAUUUUAACAUCCACAGGGUUUUCAUGUAGCUUAACAUCCACAGGGCUAGUGUUUUCAUGUAGCAUAACAUCCACAGGGCUAGGGUUUUCAUGUAGCUUAACAUCCACAGGGCUAUGGUUUUCAUGUAGGGUUUUCAUUGUAAUUUCAUUGUAUAUGUACUGUAGUUUAUAAAGUGCUCUAACAAUAUUGGUAUAUCCCAUUGCUUCAGAACCCAUUAUCAUUGAGAUAUUUUGGGAUGGACCAGCCUAUGGGGACACCCUGCCAAUGAAGACUAAAACCUCUCUGUAACACUCACACUCUUGUACCCACUCCAAGAUAACUCCAACCCCCAGAACCGUUCAAUCGGUGUGUAUGUUUGUGCUUAUGUGUGUGUUUUCCCUCAAACAAGUGUUGAUCUAAAUCGGUUUUGAUUUUAGAGUGUUAUGCUUAAAGCGAACUGCCACACACGGUUGUCAAAUGAAACGGAGCUCCGUAGUCAGUCGGGGAAGAUCUGAAGCAUGGCUAAUUCCAAACUAGGUAGAUUUCUUUUUACACAGCGUGAAUAUGUAAAAUCCUUCUAUCACGCGAUUAGUUGAUAUGGUGUGUGGCUAUGCAUGGUGGAUCUUUGUGUGAGAUCCAUAUUGAGGUGCCUUGCUGCUACAGUAGACGAACGGUGAACGUUUGAACAACGUUUGUGCUGCUCGUCAGAUGAAGUCCAUCAGAUUGAGGUCACCCAUGCUGGAACGUUAGCAGAACGUUAGCAGAACGUUAGCGCAGAACAUCAGCCAAUGAGAGUGGUGCCUUUCAAUAGAUGUUUUACUAAUUGAAGUUAGGGCUAGAUGUCAAUUAAUGGAUGUUACACCUGAGGAGGUCAAGGUGAAGAUGUUUUAUACAACAUGUAGUGUGGAAUUGUUCUAUUUGGCUCUCCUUCAGCCAUUCAUUUGUUCUCUGGAAGUGAGGCAACACUCUUUUACACAAUGUAGUAAAAUACUGUUUCAUGACCAUCCUCAAAGUUGUGUGUUUUCAUACCCUGAAAUUAGGCCGAAUUCCAUUAACAUCUCAGCAUGUAAGACAUCCUCAAUUGAGGGAAUCAGGUUGGAAUCGGGUCCGAGGAAGAAAAAGAGGUUACCAUCUAAUUUUCAUGUAAGCGGCCGCUUAUCGGCUCGGUACUAAAUGGACCAGCAGCCCAUGAUAAUGAUUUCUCAGUCGCCAGGCGGAUUGUAUUGAAUGUAGGGCACGAGGCCGAGGAGGGCUGAUCAUUUUAUGGGGUUACACGUUAUUAUUGGCUGUCAGAGGGAGAGCUCUGACACAGCUCGUGACCUAUAUAUUUUUUUAAAAAGGCCUGGAGCUAUAUGUAUAGAUAGAAUGAAAUGUUUUCUUAAUUACAUUUUAGGCAGCCUUGAUACAUUAGCUGCAAUAAAAACAUUAUUAUUAUUAUUUCUUUGUAUUAUUUUACACCAAAACUUCACAAAUAGAGGGGAUGUGAUAUGACAUUGAUAGUGGUGCAAUUACAUUGGAAUGAUUACAAGGUAAAGAAGAGGGAAAUGGUCUCCCUUUUUGUAUUGGUAUUGAGAGGGCUUGGUGUCCCUCCUGUCCUUUGAAUGACCACUGACUGACUGACUGGCUGUUUGUGUGUGUGUGUGUGUGUGUGUGUGUGUGUGUGUGUGUGUGUGUGUGUGUGUGUGUGUGUGUGCGUGCGUGCGUGUUGAUUGAGAAGUCUUUCUUUAAUGAAAUAUCUUUGGAAAUUGGUUGAAGGCUAACAGGGCAGGAGGUCAGCUAUACUGUAUGACUCCCUAUGUGGGAUAGAGAUAUUAUAGAAUUUAAUGAUUUGAUCUCUGCACACAUUAUUCUUUUUAAACGUAUAUAAUUUACAUGAUUGAUACAUGUUAAUUAGCAGCUACCAUUUAACAGAUAAGGCCCAUGUUGGACAGAAGUUCUGCCAAACAUAUUGUGCAUAUCCAAGGCAUUCCCACAAUGAACCAUAGUGAAUCCCUCUAAGAAAGAGGCGCAGAAAUGAAUGAAAAGAGCAUGUCUGAUGAAUGCAAGCUAUUCUUAUGUCUGGGAUCAGAGAACUACAGAUGAGUAGCAAGCUCUCCCCAGAGCUCUGGAUAGGACUGAUGCUGGGUUCAAAGCUCUAUCUAUCCAGUAUCCUUGUAUACAGCUAGCUAUCCUUGAUGUUAGUUUAUUUGAGAACUGAUUACCCCUUGACCGCAGAGAAUCUCUCUAGUACGGGUAAAGGUUUUGCGCUUUUGAUGAUUGGCUGUUGUCUUUGUGGGCUGUCGGUUGUGGAAAUAGCUUGCCGUGUGAUGCUCUGUCACCUAGAGACCAUGAUCAAUACGGCUUCUGGCGUGGUCAUAUGACUUAGACCACCUCAUCAGACGAAUGCUCAAUCAGCAGCCAAUAGCAACCAAUCCUCUGGCCGCCAUCUUUGAAGUGCCUUCCUCUAGAGUCUCCUGUGAUCUUGAUUGUUCCAUACCGCCCACUCACCCCUUAACCCCUUCUAACUAACAAGUAGUCUGACUCCCACUCAACCCCUUCUAACUAACAAGUAGCCUGCCUCCCACUCAUCCCGUCCAACUAACAAGUAGCCUGCCUCCCACUCACCCCCUUCUAACUAACAAGUAGCCUGCCUCCCACUCACCAAGGCUAUGCCUGCAUUCUGAUCUUCUCUGUUCUGCAUUGGAUUCUACUGACAGAUCAUACUAAGUGUAGAAUGAGAUGCUUAAUGCAAUUAAUCAAAUGUUUUCUGCUACCCUGGUCGCCAUGGCUUUAGAUAUAAGCACUAGAUAACAUAGAAACGUCGAAGCUUCAUUUAAUAGUGCCAAGGCUCGUCACAUGAAAUGGAACGUUGUCUUGAAAGUCAGGGAACCGGUUUGUGAAACGGUUGCCAACGUGACGUAAACGUUAGUACAACCAGGAUGUGAGGUUGGUUUGUCAUCUGACAAGCCGAGGAAACCAUGGUUACAGUCAUGAACUUUGACACCGGUGGGCGGAGUAGGGCAAUGUUGUUGCUAGUUUUGACAAUUGACCCUUGAUGAACUUUUAAGGAAGAAAGAGUUGCAGACAGCGAUGGUUCGUGGCUUGUCUCCUCCCGCCCCUUCUUUCCCCCCAGACUCCACGACGAGGGCCGCUUGCUGGACAUCUUCCAACGCCUCAACGCGGCGGAGGGAUCCUACUUCGUACUUCUGAACUUGGAGGUGUCCAACCAGGAACUGGAUUACAUCGUCCAGAAUGCCGAGCAGUGGAGCGGCUUCAACGGAGAGAGAUGCAAGCCCUCUCAACAAUGUCCUCGGAUCUACUUAAAAACAAUGCUGCAAACCCUCUGAGUCCAGAGAACUCCUAAGCAGGCGGUCAGAUGAUACGUGCCAUUAUUGAUAUUCACCAGACUGUCUGAACCUUGCCAUCUCAACCCAACCUCGCUUAUGUACAGUACAGUAAAACGAGACUGCAUAGGAGCUCCGAGACGACCUCUUCCUCCACCCCCACUAAGGGAACAGGCCCCGUCACCCCAAAACAGGGGAGUGUUAGACCACGACGAGAAGUCCCAGGAACCGUUUAUCACAGGAACAAUAGCCCAGAGAGCCCCCUUACAGGAACCCAAAACAGGAACACAGGAAGUGGAAAAGAGCUGACGUGUCGCCUUGGUAAUAGAGGAGUGGUCAUCUUGAAUCGAUGGGGGUAGUGGGGGGGUCACAAAGGGCAGCUCCCCCAUCACCCCUCACACCCCCCCAUAGAGUGGGGUGUGUGUGUGAGUGUGUGCGUGCCUGUGUGUGUGUCUGUGUGUGUUGCAUUAGGUCUGAGAGUGGCUUCUUCAAUUACAGGGGGCUAUUAGUGGACAGUGCUGUGAGUCUCCGUGGCCCCGGGCUACAGCAGCCAGCCAGCCAGCCAGCCAGCCAGCCAGCCAGCCAGGCAGAGUGAACACGAGCACAACCGCUCCACUGGCUGCUGCAUUAGAGUGCUCAAUAUGAGAUGUGACUGCAAAGGGUACAUGCCUGUGUUGGUGAAAAGGUCACGGACUUUGGGGGGCAGUAAUGUGUGAAAAACACUGCAGUCGCACAAUGGUUAAAGAAAGAAAGAAAACAUAUAUAGAAGUCCCCCCCCCCUCCCCCCUCCCCACUCUCAAAACACUGCAGCUCUGCCUCCAUUUGUUAGUACCUCUACAUUCACCCAGGGCAACCCUGUCGAAAGGGUUAGCAGCUGAUUCACCGAAGAUCCCCCACAUCUCUGACAAAGUGUCUGUUUGUCUAAAAAGAGAUGCAGCCGUUGUUGUAAUUGUAGCUAUUGUUGUAAUUGUAGCUAUUGUUGUAAUUUCAGCCAUUGUUGUAAUUUCAGCCGUUGUUGUAAUUUCAGCCAUUGUUGUAAUUUCAGCCGUUGUUGUAAUUUCAGCCGUUGUUGUAAUUUCAGAUAUUGUUGUAAUUUCAGCAGCAGUUGUAAUUGUAGCUAUUGUUGUAAUUUCAGCCAUUGUUGUAAUUUCAGCCGUUGUUGUAAUUUCAACCGUUGUUGUAAUUUCAGCAGCUGUUGUAAUUGUAGCUAUUGUUGUAAUUUCAGCCGCUGUUGUAAUUGCAGCCGUUGUUGUAAUUUCAGCAGCUAUUGUAAUUGUAGCCAUUGUUGUAAUUUCAGCUGAUGUUGUAAUUGCAGCCCUUGUUAUAAUUGUCGGUUUGUUAUGUGCAUUCCAUGUAUUUACAGAGUUGAGCCAACUCAUUUUGAAUAUUUUCCUAAUCCUAGACAUUCAAUUACAAACCAUUAUUUCAAUAUUCCUCGUGUAUUGUUAAUGAGACACUAACAUGGCUGCCAUACAAUGUUGUAGUGUCAUGUAAAUUCAUCAUAUUGCAGAAUUCUCAAAGUGUCAACUCUCUAAAUGCAUGUCUCUGGGUAUGUGUCCCUCUCUGACACUGAACCGUCCCUGUUGGCUGCUUGUGUUAGCUCCCCAUACCUCCUCCCAGUCCCAGGCCCGUAGAAACAGGCAUCGGUGGAAAGGAUCUCAGUGUUUGAACUCGUCCGUGUGAACGUUUAAUUACUGGGAGUGUCAGCCUUAAUGUGUCCCUCACCAUUAAUCCAGGAAGAGGAUAUUAUUAUCUCUCCUUCCUAAACCCUGGGCUGGCUUUUCUCUGGGAGCCCGGGAUGGAGAGAGUCCGAGAGAAAGAAAGAAGGAGAGAGAGAGGGUUAGAGAUAGAAAAAUUGCGAGAUGGAGAUGAGAAUGAGAAGACAGGAAGAGAAUA